CUUUUAAAUAGAACCUGGAAAAGGAUUAACUACUGUCUUCUGAAUAUCGCAUGACAAACAUUUCAUGAUUAUUCGUGACAAGAACAUACGUACAAAUACUGAAUACAGAUGAAGUAUAAAUAUACAAAAACAACAAAUAUAGGACUUAAAAUAACAGAUAUCGCAUGACGAUAAAACUCAGUAAGAACCGGAACGUCGAAAGAGUAAGCAUAUCCUGCAUUAAACGGAAUACCAGUCAUACUAUCACACACUCAUGAUCAAGUGUUAAGGACCAAAAUGACCAUGGUGCACUCUGCAUUUACAUGCGUGUUGAUAUCAUUACUGAGGUUGACGUUUAUUAUAGCAGACGACUGUCCUUCUCCAUGUGAUUGCCGUGCUGACAAUACUAUAGUUUUCUGUAAUGGAACUGGGAUAUCAGAGGUUCCAAAAGAUUUACCCCAAAAUACAUUGACCUUAAACCUUGGAUAUAACAACAUCAAUUCCAUACCAAAAGAUACAUUCACGGGUCUUAAACAACUACAGAAUCUAGAUUUGAGUGGUAACCAGUUUAAAGAAACCAGUUUUCUCAAUGGCGCCCUUAACAUACCAAGCAUUCAAACUUUGGAUCUCUCAGGUGGAUCAUAUAUGACAAUACCACAAGGUUUACCCCCAAAUUUUACUACACUGUAUUUUUUUGAUAAUCCAAUAACAACUUUAACAGCCAAUAGUUUUGUGAAUGCAUCUUCAAUUGAAUACCUCGAACUAAGAUACAACCAACUCAAAUCAAUUGAAGACCAUGCCUUUGAUCCGUUGGUAAAUGCUUCUGAAAUUGAUAUCAGUUUUAACAAACUUGUAGAUGGUAGUUUUUCUCCAUUAGCUUUUGUAAAGAAUCAGAAGUUAUUGAAUUUAGAAUUCAGAUUUAAUGCUCUGAAGACUUUCCCAAAUACAACAUACUUCCCUAGAACUUUACAGCAUUUUGAUGUGGUGGGCAAUCAGAUAACAGUAAUUCCAUCAUAUGCGCUGCGAACAUUGACAAACCUACAAACUAUAGAAGUAUGGAAAGGCGCUAUUACAACAAUCGAGGACAACGCAUUUUAUGGACUUAAUAAGCUAACAAUUUUAGAUUUUAUGGAAGACCACGUCUCGUCGGUUUUAACAAAUCUCACUUUUAAUGGACUCACUGCUUUAAAACAACUUUUCUUUGAUUCAAAUCAAGUAACAAAAAUUGAAGUUGGAACGUUUCAUGGAAUGACGGAUAUCCAGGAACUCUGGUUCAGUUCGAACAAUUUAACAACACUUGAAGAGGGAGUAUUUGAUUUGAAAUACAACCCAAACCUUUCUGUAAUUUAUUUAGACUUUAACCCUUGGAUUUGUGACUGUCAUAUAAGAUGGCUCCGACAAAUGAUGAAUGAUCAUCCAAAUUUGAUUCAGGAUACAGGGCUUUCCGUUUGCAGUGGACCACCGCCAGUUGCCGGCAAGUCAUGGGAUGUGCUCUCACCAAAGGAUUUCGUAUGCAAAUAAAGUGUUAAGUUGAAAUCAGUGUUUAAAACAUGGUUUAUAUCUUUUACAUAUAAAUUUCAUUUCAAUAUCAGUUUUCAAAGCAUAAAAUCUAACACAUAUUAGUUUUUACUUAGCCCUCAUUAUAUCAUUCUUAGAUCAGAAACAAUGAAAUCAAUUUUUGUGCAGACCAAACUUAUUUUAUUUUUCCUUCAAUAGUUGAAAAUGAAUUAUCGUUCUUUAAACAUUAAACGAGAUCACUUUUAUUA